CCCCAGAUGGAGUUACAGGAAUUCAUCGUCACAGGCAGAUUGAUCAACAGAAGCCUCAAGGUGUUUCCAUCGGAAAAGUCCUUGCGAAUGUACAAAGAGUACGCUAGACUUGGCCGACGGGACCCCGAUUUCAUCCGGGCCAAAAACGCCCAGAACUCGUCCGUCGCGUUGCCCCUCUUGAUGACCAAGCGCUCUUGGGGUAUAGGUGUGGGCGAUACCAGCUACUUGCGCAUAUUCGAGGCCGUGCCUUCGCCGGAAGCCAAGGACAGGCUUUACAGCAAAGUCGACAAUCGCCACAUUGGCGAGGUGCUCCGGCGGAAUUUCUUUGGAUACACGCGAUACAGGCUCCAGAUCAAGGGCGUCGAAACCGUGGUUAUUGCCCACCGGCGACUUCCCAUUGUGGACUGGCGCAUAAAUGACGAACGGUUCCGGUUUGUCAAGGCCACCAAUCCAGUGUUGAGCCCAGACCUCUUCCUGUACCAUCUUUAUCUCUUGGCACCAGACCAGGACAGCCUCGUUGAUAAGAUGGACUCCUCGCUAAAAGUCCACAGGGGCAACGCCUUGCUUGGCGGCCUCCACAACAUUUUCCUGCUCAGGUGGUAUCUGAGCGACCGGUCCAGAUACAUGUCUCCAUACAAAUGCGGGCUGCUCGAGUUCUACAGGUCGUGGAAGAUUUUCACCCGUACAAGAAAAUGUUCUAUUUUCUCCAUGUACACGUACGCCAUAGGCAACCAGGACGCUAACAAUGCAGUUGAGUUCCGCCUGCUCAUCUUAGUUGCCGUCAGCCUCAUUCUCCAAAGCAUCGAAGACGACAUGCAUUCGAAGAGG